CUCCCCCAAACGGAGCGCCUCGUGAUUCUGUCGCCGCAAAUCCAGAGAAUUUUCCAGCAAUGAGCUCCAUGUUCAAGAAAAAGGGCGGCCUCGCCUUCAAGCCAAAGAUCCCGUCUGCUCGCCCUCGCCCCGCGGAUGUCUCUGGCCUGAAACCUCAAGAACAAGCCAUCCCGGCUAACGAACAGCAACCAAGAGCUCCAGAGCUCUCAACUACACAGCAAAGCGCUCCACCACCCUCAACUACACAACCAAGCAAAGAGGCAGAAGCCGCGACAACGACAAGUCCCCAAACCUUGGAACAGCCAAGCGCCCCCAAGCCCCGAGAGCCACUUCCCGUCAUCGCAGAUGACAACAUUGCGCCGGAACUGCGAGACCCCCCACGCGCUCCCCAAGAAACCCAGGAGAAUGUCCCCGAGGCGGCAGAGUCAACUGAAGCCACCACACCAGCACCGCCCCCGGGCCCCAAGACGAGGAGUAGGAGGAAAGCGCCCGAAUCAGCAGACGCGGAUGCUGAAGCGCCGCCGAAGAAGCGGCAGCGCAAAACACCAGCGAACGAAGAUGGAUCGACGGCCCCGAAGCCCAGGCAAAAGCGCAAGUCGCCUACCCAGGAUGGGACAGCAACGCCGCGGACACGAGCGAGGAGAGCUCGCUCAGUAACACCAGAUGACGCAGAAAGCCAGGUCGUCGAUCUGCAGAACCUCAAAAUGACCGACCUGACAAAGGACUUGCACAUUGGCAAGAAAUUCAGCCGCCACGACGAGCUGCGAGAGCGAGAGCGACAAUCCAGGAUAAAGUCCAAGCUGAAGAAGCUCAUGGGCGAGGGCAGCCGCGACGGAUCCGAAGCCCCAGAAGCAUCGCCAGACGACCCGUCCGUCAAGAGCAAAAGCGCUACACCAACAACUACAACAGCAGCAGCAGCAGGAACGGCCCUGCCAUCAUCCAAUACGCCAGCGCCCGCCUCCGGGCCGCAGUUCCGCAUCGUCGACGGCCAGAUCAUCAUCGACCAGAGCUCGCUCGUCAUGGACAGGCACGCGCGCGCGGCCGCAACAAGGGGCGACAUGGAAACGGUCGAAGAAAACGACUUCACGCGCCUCAUCACCAGCAGCUCCUUCAUGAACACGUCCAAGCUCAAGGGCCCCAACAUCUGGACCGAGGAGGAGACGGAGCUCUUCUACCGCGGCCUGCGCAUGUUCGGCACCGAGUUCGAGAUGAUCUCCAAGAUGUUCCCCAACAAGCAGCGCCGGCACGUCAAGCUCAAGUACAACCGCGAGGAGCGCCACUGCCCGCACCUCAUCAACGCGGCGCUCAUCGGCGAGAAGACGGUGCGCAUCGACAUUGACGAGUACAAGGCCUUCACCGGCAUCGAGUUCGAGUCCGUCGAGAGCAUCGAGGCCGAGCAGCGCAAGAUCCAGGAGGACUUUGAGGCCGAGCAGAAGCGCAUCGCCGACGAGCAGGCCGAGGUCAUGCGUAAGAAGCGCGAGGAGCUGUUUGCCGACGAGGACGCCGCUGGCAACGGCAAGAAGGGCAAGAAGGGCAAGAAGAAGGGCAAGCAGGCCGUGCAGUAUGGGCUCAAUGGCGAGCCGAUUCUUGCUGGGGAGGCUUAG